AUGGAUCGUUUAUCUCUUUAUUUUCUAUGUAUAGAACACAUACGCGGUGCCAUGGCGAAUCAGGGCUCGUAUAACUAUUCAUAUAUAUUUAAAUACAUUAUCAUCGGUGAUAUGGGUGUAGGAAAGAGUUGUCUUCUUCAUCAAUUUACUGAGAAAAAAUUCAUGGCUGAUUGUCCGCAUACGAUCGGUGUUGAAUUUGGUACACGUAUAAUUGAAGUUAACGGACAAAAAAUCAAAUUGCAAAUAUGGGACACUGCUGGUCAAGAGCGUUUCCGUGCAGUGACAAGAUCGUAUUAUCGUGGAGCAGCUGGCGCUUUAAUGGUCUACGAUAUAACUCGGCGUGCCACUUAUAAUCAUUUGAGUGGAUGGCUUACUGAUGCAAGAAGUUUAACUAAUCCCAACACAGUAAUUUUCCUUAUUGGUAACAAAGGUGAUUUAGAUGGUCAACGAGAAGUGACAUACGAUGAAGCCAAAAGAUUUGCUGAAGAAAAUGACUUAUUAUUUCUUGAAACAUCAGCUAAAACAGGAGAUCACGUUGAAGAUGCAUUUAUCGAAACCGCAAAAAAAAUCUAUCAGAACAUUCAAGAUGGUUCGCUCGACUUGAAUGCAGCCGAAUCAGGUGUCAAACCCAAACCAUUGACUCCAUCACGAACAGGAAACGGAGUAGGAGGUGCAGAUGGUAUUGGACAAAAUGGAGACUCCAAAUGUCAAUGUUAA